CACCAAGUCACUCCCCCACUCUCAUAAAAGACUCUGGUAUACAGUGCAAUUUCAAGCUUCAAAUUCAUUCAACCAAGUGGUCUUGCUACACUAGUCAUUUUUUUGGGAAAAUUUUGAGCUUUAAGUAGUGUUGCCAUGGAUGAUUCUCUAUUGCUCAAACUGGGUUGGUGAUGUUUCUUCAAGAUUAUGUUUCUGGCAAGAGAAUUCAAGGCCUCCUAUGCUGCUCAAAUGGAGACUGAAUAACACCAAAUAGAGAGACCGGACAAAGUCAACAAUCAGACUAUUCUUCAAUGCAAACAUCAAAGCAUCACAGAAGUUCAGGCAUGUCGAACCGAUUGUGUUAUCAGCCAAUCCAAGAAGUAGAAGCCUACUGCUUGCCUCGGUUCCAAACUUUGGACCCCCAGGUGCUUUACAACAAUGAGAGCAGCCAAAGUACCGUCUUCUCAGCUCAGAAUUUUCAUAUUAAGUACUGCACUUUGGAGUCUUCCGCAGCAAAUGGCAGCUACACUGUCUAUAACUCCCCAUCAACUGUCAAUUUCUCGCCGAACGGAAGCCCGAUGUCACAGCAAGAUUCUCACUCAUAUCCACCACCUGACCAGUACCAUUCCCCUGACCAGAAUUAUAGCUCUCCAAUAAGCGGAUCCUGCAUUACCGAUGAUGCAACCGACUUCAAGUACAAGCUGAAACAGUUAGAAACUGUAAUGCUAGGUCCUGAUUCCAAUAUUCUUGACAACUAUUGCAGCACCUUUCAGAAUGGGACUAGCAAUACCCUGCCAGAAACGGAUAGCUGGGGACAGAUUAUGGAUUCAAUCUCUAAAAGGGAUUUAAAACAAGUCCUCAUAUUCUGUGCAAAAGCAGUAGCAGAUAAUGAUCUUUUACUGGCACAAUGGAUGAUGGAUGAACUACGCCAGAUGGUGUCGGUUUCUGGUGAGCCAAUUCAAAGGCUGGGAGCAUAUUUGUUGGAAGGACUAGUUGCACGGAGGGCAUCCUCAGGGAGUAACAUCUACAAAGCAUUGAGAUGCAAAGAACCAGCAAGUUCAGAACUACUCUCCUACAUGCAUAUUCUUUAUGAGGUUUGCCCCUACUUCAAAUUCGGGUACAUGUCUGCAAAUGGAGCCAUUGCAGAAGCCAUGAAGGAUGAAAAUAGCGUUCACAUAAUUGAUUUCCAAAUUGGGCAGGGGAGUCAGUGGCUCACUCUAAUCCAGGCCUUUGCAGCCAGACCUGGUGGACCACCCCACAUCCGCAUAACAGGCAUCGACGACUCCAUGUCAGCUUAUGCCCGCGGAGGAGGACUAAAUAUUGUAGGGAAGAGGCUAUCUAAGCUUGCCGAGUUGUUCAAAGUGCCAUUUGAGUUCCAUGCUGCUGCCAUGUCUGGUUGCGAGGUUCAGCUGAAGCAUCUCGGUGUUCGACCUGGGGAAGCAUUGGCUAUGAACUUUGCAUUCAUGCUGCACCACAUGCCAGAUGAGAGUGUCAGCACUCAGAAUCAUCGCGACCGGUUGUUGAGGUUGGUUAAGAGCUUGUCUCCAAAGGUAGUGACCCUUGUUGAACAAGAAUCUAACACAAACACUGCUGCAUUCUUUCCACGGUUUGUGGAAACACUAAAUUACUACACUGCUAUGUUCGAGUCAAUCGAUGUUACUCUUCCAAGGGAUCAUAAGGAAAGGAUCAAUGUAGAGCAACACUGCUUGGCUAGGGAGGUGGUUAACAUAAUCGCAUGCGAGGGCGUUGAGAGGGUGGAAAGACAUGAGCUUCUUGGGAAGUGGAGGUUGCGGUUCGCAAUGGCUGGAUUUACUCCAUACCCUUUAAGCUCCCUGGUAAAUGCCACCAUCAAGACACUGCUAGACAACUACUCUGACAAAUAUAGGCUUCAAGAGAGAGAUGGAGCUCUCUAUCUUGGCUGGAAGAACAGAGAUUUGGUUGCUUCUUGUGCCUGGAAGUGCAAACCGAGCACAAAUUAAAGCAUUUUUUCUUGGAGUGGAGGCAAGGCAGGCUUAGAAUAGAACAUGCUUUUUCUUUUUCGAUCUGUUUGUACACUUAUUAGCUGCUAACUGCUUAUGAGAAGGGUGCCAUCAACUGUGCACACUUCCAUAAAUUGAAGUUAGCCGUUUUCUGUGUCCAUUUCAUGCCAUCAGACCUUUAGGUUUGGAUGGCUGGGAGAGAGAACUGAUUUCAGGAGGCAUUGGGUUUGUA